GACAAGUCACAAAACCUAUUACACGGAUAUUAGAUCCCCAGCCACACAAAUCCUAGCUAAAAAGAAGAAAGAAAAUGUACAAAUUGAUCUUCUUGAGGCUGAAACAAAACACCCAGAGAGAAUCAAUGGGUUGUGUAGCUAGGUUACUGUAAACUACUAGAUGCUAGCUAGUUACACUACACAGAGAGGGGAUCUUCUUCUUCACAGAAUAUUCAUUUUUGCUUUGCUGGAAUCGCCCACUGCUUGGUCUUAUCCACUCGAUCAAAUCGAUGAAUUGCAUAUGGGUAUGGUGCCUACACGAAUCUGAAUCUUACUGCACUCUGUCAUCCACAUUUCCCUAGUGGAUGAUUAGAUGUAUAUUUGGAGAAAAGGUUAAAUUUUAUCUAGCGUCCAUAGAGAUAAAGAUACCGGAGACAUCUUGAAGCACUAUCAACAGAGAUAAAGAUACCAGAGACAUCUUGAAGAACUAUCAAGCAUAUCAACUAUAUAUAUAAAGUCGUGGUUCCAUUGAUCUAGUCUCAACAAAAAACGACGCAACUAUAUAUCUAGCUAAAGUAGUUACAGGGGUGGUGGAGAGUAAGUACUCUCUCAUUGCUCCAUUGAUCUAGUCUCAACAAAAAACCAACAUCUAAAGAUGAGGAAUAUGGCAAGUACACCGUCAAACAGAGGCAUAGCAGCCGUGGUUGGUGUUGGACCAAAACUUGGACUCUCCAUUGCAAGAAAAUUUGCUCGUGAAGGUUACACCGUAGCAAUCUUAGCUAGAGAUUUAGGGAGAUUAUCGAGAUUUGCAGAAGAAAUAGCUAGAGAAGAAAAAGCACAAGUUUUUGCUAUACGUAUAGAUUGUUCUGACUCUAGAAGUGUUAGAGAAGCUUUUGAAUCUGUACUAUCACUUGGAUUUGUCGAAGUACUUGUUUACACUCCUAACUCUAAUAACCUUAAUCUUCCUACCAACUUCACUGAUAUCCGUAUCGAUUCCUUCGGGAAAUCUCUUGCCGUCUCCACGGUUGGUGCUUUACAGUGUGCCCAACAAGUAAUACCUGGAAUGGUUAAUAGAAGGAAAGGGACUAUAAUUUUUACAGGCUGCUCUGCAUCUCUUAACGGCAUUGCUGGUUUAUCUGAAUUAAGCUGUGGGAAAUUUGCACUCAGAGCACUAUCACAGUGCAUGGCGAAAGAAUUCCAACCCAUGGGUAUCCACAUUGCGCAUGUUAUCAUCAGUGGUGUCCUUCCGCUACCAAACAGGUUGUCCUCGACGUCUAUAUCAACUUGGCCAUCGCCAUCACCGUCAUCAUCGUCAUCAACACAGAGAUCAUUGACGGGUGCUGGAGGAGGAGGGGAACAAAAUUUAAGUCAUCAGCAGCAAGUUGUUGGAAUAAUUGGUGGAGGAGGAGGGCGUUUGAUAAACCCGGACGCGGUGGCCCAGACAUGCUGGCACUUGCAUGUGCAGGAUCCAACUGCCUGGACCUUUGAGAUUGACCUCCACUAGCUUCUAUAAGUUUACCAGCUGCUCCUACAGCAACUAAUUAGUCAGUCUGGCUGUUCACUUAUAUUCGGUAGAUUCGUGAAUCUAUGGUGGGGGCGCAUGCAAAUUUGGGUCCUAAGCUGGUACAGGAUACGUGAAAAGUGGUGGCCCAAAUGCAAAUGCAUGCAUCCUGCUGGUACUAUCGUACUGACAAUGAGUGAGGCUACUGGUUUGCUGUGUGGUGGUAGCGGGAAAAAUAUCUGUACAAAUUAGUUUAGUUUUUCCAUAUUUUUUUUCAUUUUGCAAAUGAAACCAAUCUAGUGGUCUGUUUGUCCAUUAGUUUUAGUUGAUCUACUUAUUAUUGUAAUUUUCACAUUUUACAGGUAAUAUUAUCAUAAAUCAGGGUAU